AUGUGGACUGCGGCUCUUGUUCUUUGUUUGGGAAAUAUUCUCAUCAGCGGAGAGGCCAGUGAUCAGCAUUCAGAACCGUCCUCUGUAAUUGAACUCUCUGAAACAGCGUCCCCUGGUCUUUUAGUACUGGGAAAACAGAAAUCCAACAGCUCAAUUCAUCCACCUCAAGUAGCAGGACCAAAAACACCAAACCCUCCUAUGUGCUUAGAGUCAGCUGGAAUCAGAGACAUCUUCAAAUAUAUCAAUACUAUAGUCUCUUUUGUUGUUUUUGUUGUUGGAAUAGUGGGGAACUCAGCCUUACUGAAAAUCAUAUAUGUAAACAAAAGCAUGAGAAGCGGGCCGAACAUUCUCAUUGCUAGUCUUGCUCUGGGGGAUCUAAUCCACAUUGUGAUAGACAUUCCAAUCAACACAUACAGGCUCAUGGCAGAAGAUUGGCCAUUCGGUUUGGUAUUGUGCAAGCUUGUCCCCUUCAUACAGAAAACCUCUGUUGGAAUUACUGUGUUGAGUUUAUGUGCUCUGAGUGUUGACAGGUACCGAGCUGUAGUAUCCUGGAAACGAAUCAAAGGCAUUGGGAUUUCAGUGUGGACAGCAAUCGAAAUAACUUUGAUAUGGGUUAUUUCUAUCAUGCUGGCUGUGCCUGAAGUUGUUGGCUUUGAUAUGAUAACAAUGGACUAUAAAGACAAGCAUCUGAGAGUAUGCCUGCUUCAUCCUAUGCAAACAACGCGGUUUAUGCAGUUUUAUAAAUCCUUAAAGGACUGGUGGCUCUUUGGCUUCUACUUUUGCAUGCCGCUGGCUUGGACUGCCGUCUUCUACACACUGAUGACCAGGAAAAUGCUGAGGAACACCGAGAAAACAUUAAGUGACUACACCAAGCAGAGGCGAGAAGUUGCAAAAACUGUCUUCUGCCUGGUGAUUGUGUUUGCGCUCUGUUGGUUGCCACUAUACCUCAGCAGAAUCUUGAAAUUAACCGUAUAUGAUCAGAAAGAUCCUAAUAGGUGUCAGCUACUGAGUGUCUUUCUUGUCCUGGACUAUUUUGGCAUGAAUAUGGCAUCACUCAACUCGUGCAUCAACCCUAUUGCAUUGUACAUAGUCAGCAAAAGAUUUAAGAGAUGUUUCAAGGCAUGUCUGUGCAGUUGGUGUCUACCUCAUCAAGUUGUUACCCAUGAUGAGGCGCAGUCUGUUUUGAAGUCCAGAACGCAGGAUCACGCCUCAGAGCAGAGCAGCAACAUCAAAGCUCACAAGCAGACUUCUACAUCUCUUCCCGUUAAAGAGAACACCUCACUGUGUUAA